GUCACUGCGCAGCCUCCCACGCGGUUCGGGCCAGGCCUGUGCGGUGCCGGGGACUCGCGGCCCGGCUCCUGGCGCGGCCGCAUUCCCCGCCCGCGGUCUCUCCGGUCGCCCCUCUCCUCCUGGCACCGCCAUGGCACUCAACAAUUUUCUCUUCGCGCAGUGCGUCUGCUACUUUCUGGCCUUCCUGUUCAGCUUCGUGGUGGUGGUGCCGCUGUCCGAGAACGGCCACGACUUCCGCGGCCGCUGCCUGCUCUUUACCGAGGGUAUGUGGCUGAGCGCCAACCUGACGAUGCAAGGGCGGCCGCGCUUCACCGUGCAGGAGUGGGGCCCGCCGGCCGCCUGCCGCUUCAGCUUGCUCGCCAGCCUCCUGUCGCUGCUGCUGGCCGCAGCGCACGCAUGGCGCACGCUCUUCUUCCUCUGCAAGGGACAUGAGGGCUCCUUCUUCUACGCCUUCCUGAACCUGCUGGUCAGUGCCUUUGUGGUCUUCCUGGUCUUCAUUGCCAGCACCAUCGUGAGUGUGGGCUUCACCAUGUGGUGUGACACCAUCACCGAGAAAGGCACUACGCAAAGCAGCUGCGAGGGGUUCCAGGACAUGAACUUGGAGCUGAAUGUGGACAACUCCAGCUUCUACCACCAGUUUGCUAUUGCCCAGUUUGGUCUGUGGGCCUCGUGGCUGGCCUGGCUGGCGAUCACCACCCUGGCUUUCCUGAAGGUCUACCACAACUACCGCCAGGAAGACCUGUUGGACAGCCUGGUGCAUGAGAAGGAGCUGCUGCUGUCCAGGCCAGCCUCCCGCACCUCCUUCCAGGGGGAGAAGAGUGCUGUCAUCUAGUCUGUGCAAGGGUGGCCCCCUUCCCCCAAGGCUUGCACCGGGCCUGGGGCCCCGCCCCGCCCAGACUGGCCAGUGCAGCUCUGCAUGUGUCACUUGGCUCCGCCCACCAAGAGCAGAGCAUUUGUGUUCCCCUGGAGAGCCUGAUGGUGAUGACAGAGACCCAGAGACUUGGGCAUGGGGUGCCUUCUGGCUUCCUGUCCUGGCCUUGGUUAGUGUGAUCCACACUCCACCUCUGUGUGACCGUUUGCCCAUAUAUGUGCAUGUAUGUGAGCAUGUGUGAGGACGGGCGUGUGUCUGCAGAGCAGCGGCGAUGGUGCUGGGUUAGCAGCCUUCCGGCACCACCGCAGGCUCUGGCACCUGAGUCGCUGCCCCUCCCAGAGAGGGCUGUCCUUCAUCCUAUAGCAUCUUCAGCUAAGGUCCCCAGGAGGCAAUCCCCCCUCCCGUAAUCCCCCCUCCCGUACAGCGGCAGGUGGAAGAUCCUGGUAGGAAUCUGCAUGUUAGGAUGUCUGGGGCCGCUUGCUGUGGUAGGAGAGUCCCACCCCCUCCCUUUGAGGCUUUCUAGGUGGCAUGGUCCUCUGUGUCCCAGGGGUGGGGCCCCCCAUGGUGGAAGAGACCCAGAUCAUCUGGAUCUCAGUGAGUGCAUUUAGUGUCCCUGGCCCUAGUCUGAAGCUGCACUCCAAUGCUAAUUCUUCCAUUCUCAGGCAAGGUGACCCUGGCCUGUGUCAGCUCACGGGCCACCAUCAGUGGCUAGUGUGUUUCCAGGUAAAGGCACCGGCUUCACAAAGGUGUAGGCCCAGGCUCGCUGUGGGGGGCCUGAGGGGGAUCACUUGGGCCCUAAGAAUUGAAGCCAGCAAGGAUGGUCAGGAUGGGGGAUGGCUGUCUGGGGAGGUGAGGGCCAGGCAGACUGACUCCCGCCUUGUGUGAGGGCUUUGGUGGUGGCCUGGCUGAGCCCCAGGAGGAGGUAUGGGGGCUGGAGACCUGUUUUGAGGUCCCUUUCCCCAGACUGACACACCAGCCCCCACUCUGGGCCAUGGGAACACUGCCUAGCUCUGAGAUCCCUCUUUUGUCUCCCGGGGAUUGGCUCCUUCCUUAUCUUCUGCCUCACAUCCCUACUAAGGCUGUAGCCAUUUAGGACCUGAAGGAACAGGGGGUGAACCGGGCUCCCUGGGACCUAGGAUCUGCCUCAGGUGUAGGCCUGCCGUUGGCAGCUGCCUCUUGGGGAUUCUGGGAGUCAGUCUGGGACCUGGUCAAAUCUAGAGAGACCUUCAUUCACCUACAGAUGCCUGGACUUGUCCCCAGACGUCAAUGUGCUGGGGACUCCUGGGGAAGGGCCUCUGGCCUAGGAGUGCUGGCAGGGCCUGUUGGACCAUGUGUGGCUCUCCGGAUGGGUGGCCGAGGCUGCAGAAUGGUCCUCAGGUCUCCCCAAGAUGCCUCUGCUCUUCUCCAGCUUGUUUUGGGGGGCAGCCCUUGUGUCUAUCUUCCUGGUGAAGCCGAUAGUGAUGAGUCCUAAGCCUCCACGUGUCUGAUUCUCAAGUCAAAAAUAUCAAAAUAAAGACGAAACAUCUAA